UAUAUAUAUAUAUAUAUAUAUAUAUAUAUAACUAUAUAAGCAAUUUGGUGUGUGUGUCUGUCAUAAGGAUAGAAUAAAAUAUGAUACCGGUGGUCCUAAUUCUCCUUCCUCCAACAGCUCUUUCUCAAUUAUGUAGAUCAAUGCCAAUUGCCAAAGCAAGGAUUUCAUAUUUUUAUAUAUAAUAAUGCAAUCAGAUUCUUACUUCUAAUUUUGACAAACCGUACACUUACUCAUCUCACUGUUUUGCACGCUGACUUUCUAUUUGCACUUAACUUUAACAUAACCACUUCUUUAAGGGAGAUUAAAUUAUGGUGGAAACUCAGGUGCAGUCAAUUUCACGUAAAGUUGAUACCUGAGAGCUGCUAGAUGAUUUGACUGAUUUCACUAAAUUUUCAUUUAACGACUCUCAAAUAUCAACUUCACGUGAAGUCGACUGCACCUGAGUUUUCAUCUUAAAUUUUACAUCAUUAUUUUUGUGUGUCUGUCACACUCCUUAACUAUUCUAUCUCCAUUACUAAUCAAAUAAUGGUUCUACACUAAACAACAAACCUUGAUUUUGUUUAUUACUACCAAAGAGAGCUAUACUAAAAGAGUAUAUUUUAAUAACUUUAAUGCAUGGUUAAAUUGUCCACAUCAUUUGUUUCAACCUUGCUCAUAUCACUUUCAUUUCAUGGACUAUAAUAACUAUAACGCUUCUUCAACCACUGAGACAAAAACCAGAGCCAACAAGUUCCUUAACACUGCAGUAAUGAUGAACAAUGACAACCAUUCCUGCCACCAACAUCAUGAAGAAGAAGAAGAAGAAGAAGAAACGCAUUGCUGGUUUGAUGAUGCAUGCAUUCUGGACAUGGACUACUUCGUGAAGACCCUCUCAGGAAUCAAGCAAAAGGGUGUUCGUUCUGAUUUGAUAGGAUCAAUCAUAACUCAUUAUGCUUCCAAAUGGCUCCCUGACCUUUCUUCUUCAACUGACAUCUUUUCUGAUAACAAGGAUCGUCUUACAUCACCAGAGAGUGUCACGGCUUCAUGGCUAAAGAAGAGGUUCUUUGUUGAAACCUUGGUUGGUGUUCUUCCACCAGAGAAAGAUUCCAUUCCAUGCAACUUCCUCCUUAGGCUCCUAAGAACAGCUAACAUGGUUGGGGUUGAGGGAAGUUACAGAUUAGAGCUUGAGAAGCGGAUUUCAUGGCAGCUAGACCAGGCUUCAUUGAAGGAGCUUAUGAUACCUUCGUUUAGCCACACUUGUGGGACACUGCUUGAUGUUGAGAUUGUGAUAAGGUUGGUGAAGAGGUUCGUGUGCUUGGACCAUGAAGGUGUUAAGAGUGGUGCUGCUUUGGUUAAGGUGGCUAAGUUGAUUGAUUCCUACCUCGCUGAGGUUGCUUUAGAUGCUAAUCUCACCUUGUCUGAGUUUGUUGCACUCGCCGGAGCUCUUCCAACUCAUGCAAGAGCCACUGAUGAUGGCUUGUACAGAGCCAUUGAUACUUAUCUCAAAGCACAUCCAAGUGUGUCAAAGCAAGAAAGGAAGGGUCUGUGUAGGCUUAUUGAUAGCAGAAAACUCACACCAGAGGCCUCACUUCAUGCAGCUCAAAAUGAACGGUUACCUGUGAGAGCUGUUAUUCAAGUUCUCUUCUCUGAACAAACUAAGCUAAACCGCCAUUUGGACUGGAGUAGUGGCUCCUUCAGUGGCCUCAGGAGCCCCUGCAAUGGCAGCUUAGACACGCCUUUACGUUGCCUGUCAAAGCGCGAAAUGAGUGCUCAGCAGAUGGAGAUAAGGAAGCUGAAAGAAGAGGUUUAUAGGCUGCAAAACCAGUGCAAUGCAAUGCAAGUGCAGCUGGAGAGAAUGGUGGAGAAGAAGAAAGGUUUGUUCUUCAAGUUGAAGAAGUUUGGUAUUGGUAAUAGAAGCAGCAGCAUUGUGGGAGAGGUAGAGAAGAUUAUGGAACAAGAGAGUGGCAGGUUUGGAAGGGAAACGCCAAUGGACUUAAAAAGUGGUGUGUUAGGUGUUAUGACUCCUCACAAGUGGAGGAAAUCUACCUCCUGAAAAUGUUAAUAAUGAAUCUGAUAAACAUACAUUUGUGUUUGUUAUAUAUUAAUUAAUCUGAUUAACUAGUAUAGUUUAAUGUCCAUGUUCUUUUGUUUGACUUAGGCAUCAGAAAUAAAUAUUGUAAUAUCGACUCUGAAGUAUAUUCAAUAAAGAUAAAAGAUGUGAGCAUAUCAA